AUGUCAGAUUCCAACACAACCGACUUCACCAACCCCUCCACCUUCAUCCUGCUGGGCAUUCCUGGCCUGGAGGUGGCCCAUGUCUGGAUCUCCAUCCCCUUCUCCGCCAUGUAUGCCAUAGCCAUCUUGGGGAACUUCACCCUCCUGUUAAUAGUGAAGAGGGAGCCAAGCCUCCAUGGGCCCAUGUACUAUUUCCUCUGCAUGCUGGCUGUCACCGACCUCGUCCUGUGCACGUCCACCCUGCCCAGAAUGCUGAGCGUCUUCUGGUUUAAUUCCAGGGAGAUCGAUUUCAGUGCCUGCCUCACCCAGAUGUACUUUAUUUAUUGCACCUUAGUGAUAGAGCCUGGGAUCUUUGUGGCCAUGGCUGUGGAUCGCUAUGUGGCCAUAUGCAGUCCCCUAAGUCUUUCCACUAUCCUGACAAAUCCCAUGGUGGCCAAGAUUGGCCUGGCCAUGAUGCUGCAUGGCGGCAUGGUUGUACUGCCUUAUCCCGUCCUGGCAAGGCAGUGGCCAUAUUGCAGAACCAACAUCAUCCCCCAGCCGUACUGCACGCACAUAGCUGUGAUCAAGCUGGCCUGUGGCGACACCCGCGUCAGUAGUUACUACGGCCUCUUUGUGUUUUUCUGUGUGCUUGGUCUGGAUGCUAUUUUUAUUGCCAUGUUCUACACCCAGAUCCUCAGGGCCAUCUUCAGGCUCCCCACAAAGGACGCCCGGCUCAAGACCUUUGGGACCUGUGGCUCCCAUUUCUGUUCCAUCUUAGCCUUUUAUAUCCCAGGUCUCUUCAUCUCCCUCAUGAACCGGUUUGGGCAGAAUGUGCCCCUGCAUUUCCAAGUUCUCAUUCCCAACGUGUACCUCUUUAUGCCCCCCAUGCUAAACCCCAUCAUCUACGGGGUGAGAACCAAAAAGAUCUGGGGCAGGCUGCUCCGGCUCUUUACUCAUAAAGGGGCCUAA